AUGAUGGUUGAAGGAAUGCGGAAAGUCAUAACUACGGGCCGGCCCCUAAGCUUAUCGGGCCUCGACGGCGUCCCCCUCCUCCCCCCAUCGACCACCCCCUCCCUCACGCAUCCCCCCUACACAACCGCCAUAUCCACCGCCCUCCUCGCCCACCCCCCUCAAACCGCCUGGCUCAUCGCCACAGGCGCCCUCACCAACAUCGCGCACCUCUUCCGUGCGCACCCUACCCUAAAAUCCCACAUCGCGGGCCUCAGCAUCAUGGGCGGCGCCAUCGGCAACGGCUUCAGCUCCGCGCCUCUCGGCCGCAAGAAGGGCGAGGGGGAGAGAUUCGGGAACUGGACGCCGUAUGCGGAGUUUAAUAUUUACUGCGACCCGGAGGCUGCAGAGGAGAUCUUGGAGGACGAGGUCCUGGCGGGGAAGACGGUGUUGGUGCCGCUGGACGUGACGCAUCAGGCUAUUGCGGACGCAGGGGUGAGGCGGGGGCUGUUGCACGGUGAGCGUUGGUCCUCCGGUAGUAGUGAUGUAGGGGAAAGGGAUGGGGAAGUGGAGGGACGCAGUUACUCCCCCGUCCGCGCCCUCUUCCACGACGUCCUGACCUUCUUUGGCGAGACCUACGACCGGGAGUUCGGGCUCUCGGCCGGCCCGCCUCUGCACGAUCCGUUGGCUGUAGCGGCUGCGGUGGUGCCGGAGCUGUUUGAUGAUAGGGGCGGCGAGCGGUAUCGGGUUGAGGUCGAUACGAAGGGUGAGCAUAGCGAGGUGCCGGAGGAGGUGCUGCAGCUUGGGAGGACGCGCGUUGAGCUGCUGGAAAGGGGAGAGCCGGGGGUGCGGAUACCGAGGACGUUUGAUGUGGAUGGGUUCUGGUGGAUGAUUGAUUGCGCAUUGGGGAGGGCGGAGAGGGCGACGCCAUUGAGGAGGGAGGAUGUGAGAGCGUGGGCACCGAGGAGUGGUUGA